AUGUUCUUCACAACGACAUCACAACUAACUCUCCAUCUUUGGAAUAAACCAUGGUUUAUCACGUUCGACUGUAAUGGUUUGCCCCUUGUUAUCGAAAGGUCUCUAGUUCGAUUCUGGAAGGAGAGACUGCUUUCUGUUUGCUGCGGGGUAGUCAAGUGGAGUGGGCAAUUAUUGAACAUUUGGGGAGAGUACGCUUUGCCUGAGCAUCAUAUUACAUACUUUUUGAUAGUGAAAGGCGGGAACGACGCUGAAUGUGCCAAAGUAGGUAUGUCCAAACGGUCUUUUUCUGUGCGUGCAGAUACGUAUUAUGAAAGAGCCCCUUGCAUCCAAUGGGCGUGGCCUAGUGAAGUGCACCUGACACCUUCGCGUUCCCCUCAUUCCGUUCAGUGCGAUGUGCAUCUUCGCGUCAACAACAUCCAGUCCAUCAAGUACAAGUGCACGCUCGUCAUGGCUCGUCGCAAGAAGCGCACCACCAAGACUGAGAACUUCGUCUAUAGUCAUGAUGAGCUCGUAUCGCUCAUUAAGAAGCACUAUCAACUGCUGAUUGACAUGGCCUACUUCGAGCCCGAAGAUGUCCGCUGGCCACCAGAGCCCGCCGGAUGGUCCGACGAGGACCUAAACGUGAACGCACUACAAAUACUAGGUCGCGAUGUCACGGUCAUUCAACUACUUCGGCAUAUUCCUUAUCCCCGCAAAAGAAACACUGAGGUUUACUACGCGUCCAUGGCUAUUUCCUACUUGCAUGAGCACUGGCAGCCCGAGAACGGCCGUCGCGUCAACUGGCACAAGAGAUCAUUCUGUGCGCUCGGCCUGGCGCCUUUCGAUGGACCCAUGCCACCGCAUCUCAUCACGCUGACGUGCGAGGAAUCGGAGAUAGGAAUCACUUGGGUCAUUGACACCGAUCGAGGCUGUGUCUACCCUCACGCGGAUGAAUAUUACUUAUUUGACGACGAGCCUCCUGAGGUCGACGAGCAGCAGAUGUGGUGGCUCAAAGCAAAAGCUCUCUCGUUCAAAGAGUUCUUUGACAAGAUUCGAAAUCAAAUUUCUUCUCUGACACUUGUGCCGGCUCCUGCGGCAGGAAACCUUGGAAAGAGCAUCAUGGGUAGCGGGGACUUUGGGUCAGAGAAAAGAUGAGCUCUGAACUGCUCCUGACAUCCUCUAGGGUAUUAAAAGACUGUACUAUGAAUACGGCUGGCCGGGGCCUUUACGCAAGGAGGAAUUCC